AUGUAUUAUACAAGCAGGGCAUUGCGAGAAGCUGAGCUGAGAUAUCCCAGAGCUGAAAAAGUAGCCUUUGCAAUGGUAAUAGCAGCUAGAUGGCUACGGCCGUAUUUUCAAGCUCAUUCGAUAAAGGUGCUAACAGAUCAACCUCUUCGAAAGAUUCUCCAUUGUCUAGAAACUUUGGGCCGCUUGAUUCAAUGGUCAAUAGAGAUUGGCGAGUUUAAUAUAGAGUACAAACUGAGGAUUGCCAUCAAAGCCCAAGUCCUUGCAGAUUUCCUUGCAGAGUACACUUAUCCAGAUUUAGAUGAGUUACCCAAAGAGGAACCAAAACCUUGGGUCCUUCAGGUUGAUGGAUCAACAACUAGAGAAGCAAGCGGAGCUGGUCUGAUCUUAACAUCCCCAAAAGGACAACGCCUGAGCUACGCGCUUAGGUUCGAGUUCAAAGCAACUAACAAUGAGGCAGAAUACGAAGCUCUUGUCGUUGGAUUGGAACUAGCUAAGGCCGUUGGUGCCAACCAUGUGUUAGCCAAAAGUGAUUCACAGUUGGUUGUAGGACAAGUCCUAGGAGAAUACACUGUGAAAGAAGAGGUAAUGCAGAAGUACUUGGAUAAAGUAAAGGCCCAAGUUGUAGAGCUGCAAAGCUUCAGUAUUGUCAGGAUCCCACGGGAUGAGAACGUUGAAGCUGAUUAUUUGGCAAAACUAGUCACGGCUAAGGAGGAUGCUAUUCCACGGAAUACCCCAGUACGAUACUUGGAAUUACCAAGUAUCUUUGCCCCAAACGUACAAGUUCAAGCUAUUGACUACAGCAGUUCAUGGAUGGGCCCCAUAGUUGAGAACAUAAUAAAUGGGACCUUACCAGACGACAAAGACAAAGCUAGGCAGCUCAAGAUCAGGGCUGCAAAAUACCUAAUGAUGGGAGAUGUGUUGUAUAGAAGGAGCUUCUCAUUACCAUACCUUAGAUGUCUGACCACGGCAGAAUCUAUACGGGCUAUAGAAGAGGUCCACCAAGGUAGCUACACGUUAGCCUACAAACUCCUUAGGUUGGGAUACUACUGGCAAAGCAUGCAAAAGGAUUGCAACUCUAUGGUCCAAAAAUGUGAGAAAUGCCAACGCUUUGCAAACAUCAUUCAUGGAUCCCCCAAGGCCUUAACUCCAAUGAAGGGACCUUGGCUGUUUGCCAAAUGGGGAGUAGACCUAAUUGGCCCACUCCCUAAGGCAGCAGGCCAGGUCCAGCAUGCCAUUAUAGCUGUGGAUUAUUUUACAAACUGGGUCGAAGCUAAGGCACUGGCCACAAUCACAGCAGAGGUUACAAUUGAUUUCUUAUGGAAGAUAAUCAUUAGCCGUUUUGGGUUACCACGAGUGAUAGUCACAGACCAUGGAAAGCAGUUUGACAAUACUCAGUUUAAAUCAUACUGUAUUUCUAAGGGAAUACACGUACAUUAUGCAUCCAAAGCUCACCCAAAAGCUAAUAGACAAGUGGAAGUCACUAAUCGAACCAUCAAAAAGGGAAUUAAGAAAAGACUGCGAGAGGCCAAAGGAACAUGGCCAGACGAGCUUUAUAAUGUGCUAUGA